GUCUUCGCUUAGCAUCAUUGUUGACAUCAAGAGAAGUUAUCAGAAAUUAAUCAUUUUUAAACAGAAAGAAUUAAAUAAUUAUGGGUAAACUAAAUGUAACAAUUUUGCGUUACCUCAACAAAGAGGAUUUUCGUGUUUUAACAGCUAUUGAAAUGCUGAUGAAAAAUCAUGAACUAUGUCCAGGUUCACUUGUUGCUUCAGUAGCUAAUCUGAAAGCUGGAGGAGUUCAUAAACUUCUCAAAGAAUUAUGCAAACAUAGAUUGGUAGCUUAUGAACGAGGAAAAAAAUUUGAUGGCUACCGUUUAACCAACACUGGUUAUGACUAUUUAGCAUUGAAAGCUCUAACAAUGCGUGGAUCAAUUUAUUCCUUUGGAAAUCAAAUUGGAAUAGGAAAAGAAUCAAACAUUUACACUGUGUCAGAUGAAGAAGGAACUCAAUUAUGUUUGAAACUUCAUCGACUUGGUAGAACAUGCUUCAGGAACAUCAAGAAUAAAAGAGAUUAUCAUGGAAAACGAAAGAAUGCUUCGUGGUUGUAUUUGUCGAGAAUAUCAGCAACUCGUGAAUUCGCUUACAUGAAAGCACUUUAUGAAAGAGAAUUUCCAGUUCCAAAACCAAUCGACUUUAGUCGUCAUUGCAUAAUCAUGGAGUUAGUGAAAGGAUAUCCAAUGACACAAGUGGAUUGUGUAGAAGAUGUUGAUCAAUUGUAUGACGAUCUAAUGAAUCUGAUUGUGAGAUUAGGAAAUGCUGGAGUGAUUCAUGGUGAUUUCAAUGAGUUCAAUAUCAUGGUGACUGAUGACGCGAAGCCCAUUCUCAUUGAUUUCCCACAAAUGUUAUCAACGUCACAUCCAAACGCUCAAAUGUAUUUUGAUCGCGAUGUUAAUGGAGUGAGAGAUCUUUUUAAAAAGAAAUAUGGCUUUGAAAGCGAAGAUUAUCCCAAGUUUGAAGAUCUUGAACGUGAUGACCAUUUGGACGUUGAAGUCUUGUGUAGUGGAUUUACCAAGGAAAUGGAAAAAGAUUUACUUGAUGAGUAUCAUGGUGGAUCAAGUGAUGAUGAUGAUGAUGAAGAGUCGUCAAAUGAAUCUGAUUUAGAUACAGAAGUUAAUAAUGAAGAAACGAUUGACAAUUAUAGAAAGCAAGUUGAAUUAGAAGUGAAAUUAAGCGAAGAAAAAGUUAAGAAAGAAGAGUCAAAGAAUAAAAACAGCAACAUCCUCAAGUACAUGGAAUCAAUGGCUAAUCAAAAGGAAUUUGAAAAAGCAUUUGAUGAAGACGAUGAGGAAGAAUUCAAAGAUGCACUCAGCAGUUUAACAGUAACUUUGAAAGCAGAAAAAGUAAAUGAAAAUGAAAAACAAAUCGACAAAAGUGAUCAACAUUCAGAAUCAGGAGAAUCGAUCAGCUCGAAUGAUCUUGAAACACCGGAAAUGGAUGAUGAACUUAAAGAUUUAGACAAAAAUUCGAGAGAAUAUCGAAUGAAAAUGGUGAGGAAAAUCUUGUCAGAUGCUAGAAGUCAACGAAGUUAUUCCACAACAGCCUCUACAAUUGCGCCAUCAGUCAUAACUGAUCGUGUAAAAAAAGGAAUUUCUGAAAGAGAAAAGCGAGAAAACAAGAAGCGAUGUGUACCAAAAGGUGAAGCCAGUGCGGUUCGACGAAUGAGAAUUGAAAACCGCGAUGUCGUGAAAGAUUUCUCUGGAUGGGUUUAA